AUGAGUGAUUCAGACGAUCAAGAGGAGAGAGAACUUGGCCGCGAGAGAGAUCGCGCUGGCCGAGCAGCACGAAGAUCCGCCGGAUCCAACACCGCGCACGAUCGCGCCAAUGAUGGAGCGCGACACAAUGAAGAAGUCAUGGGAGACUUCGAUUCCAAUCCAACACUACUAAUCGAUCGGAAUCCCAUCCAGCCGCCACUUCCUGAAGGAAGAAGCUAUGAGAUUUCGCCGGAGAUCAUUGGAGGUGCACCCAAGGAGUACUUAAAGUGCAAACUAUUCUCUUUCACUUUGACAGGGAAGGCUUUGCGCUGGGUUAAGUCUCUUCCAGCUCAAUCCAUAACCACAUGGAAAGAGUACAAGGUGGCAUUCCUAGGUCACUUUUUCACAAAGCAGAGAGCAAACUUGUUGAGAGAAAAGAUCUCUAGUUUCCAACAAGGGCCGGUGGAGCCUUUUCAUGAAGCAUUGGAGCGCUUCAAGGACUAUACAAGAGAGUGUCCUAAUCAUGGACUAUCUGAGGGCAGUCUAUGGAACAUUUUCUACAGAGGAAUAAGUGGGAAGUGUCGAUUUUCUCUUGAUACAGCCAGCAAUGGAAAUUUCAUGACCAAGACAGUUACUGAAGCAAAGAUUUUGAUUGAAAAUCUAGCCUCAAGCGACAGUGACAACUUCAUUGGCAUGAGAGAGCAGUGA